AUGGGAAGCCCGCGCUGCUCGCGCUCUGCUCAGGCCGUCCCCGGGCUGUGCCCGCGGCCUCCCGGCAGCAGGGGGCGCGCGGGGGCGGCGGCGCUGCGCGGGCGGCGCGGAGGAGGCGCUGCCGCCGCUCUCGGUGUCGUUAUCGCCGUCGCCGCUGUCGCGCCCGUCCCGCCAGCUCCGCCUCCCGCUGCGCUCCCGCGGCCUCACAGCAGAUCCACUUUGCCCUAUCCAGGGACGCAAGAACAAUAUGAGUUAUUUAUACGAGAUCUUGUUAGAAAUCUUUUUCAUGAAGGAAAUGAUGUGUAUCGGGAAGGUGAUUGGAGAGGAUCACUGAAUCAUUAUACUGAAGCUAUAAACAUAGCUGAUUAUGCUAAUUCAGAAGAAAUCCAUGUUUCUGAUGAUGUUCUAGAGAAGCUGCACGUGAACAGGAUCGCGUGUUUUUCAAAUAUGGGAUUGCAUGAAAAAGUUCUAGAGGACUGUGAGAUAGCAUUAAGAUUGAAUGAAAACAAUUUCAGAGCUCUCUAUCGCAAAGCAAAAGCUUUGAAUGAACUCGGAAGCUAUAAGAAGGCUUAUGAUGCUGUAGCAAAAUGUUCUCUUGCUGUGCCACAGGAUGAAAGUGUGAUUAAGCUAACCCAAGAGCUAGCUCAAAAACUAGGGUUAAAAAUAAGGAAAGCAUAUGUUAGAGCAAAGCCACCUUCCUCAAAUUCAGUUUCUAGUGAUGUAUCAACUCAGAAUUCUUCUGUAGAAGAUAUUGAGUUAGAUUUAUCUGACCAGAAACAAGAGAUGGUUUCUGCUGUUUCUUCACCAAACUUUGUUUCUGAAGUGUCUAAAGUGUCACCAGUACCUGUACCACCUUUACCUACUGUUAUGCCUCUUCAGAUGGAAAAGGUUCCUUUGCCUUCUACAGUGCUGGCAAAUGGAGGGAAUGUUUCUUUCUCUAUGCCAGAAGCAUGUUUAGAUUGUGGAGAUGGAGAUAUAAUUAUUGGAGAGGAACUUGAUGAGUUACUUGAUUCUGUGCCUGAUCCAGAUGAAAGUGUAAUGCAAACUGCAGGAGCCAGAGGACCUAUUCCUGCAGGGAGUGUAGCUCCUAGUGUACCUUUCUCUGCCUCUUUGUUGGGGACACUGCCAGUUACUGCAGGAUUUGUUCCUUCAGCUUCUCUUUCAGAAAUCUUUUCACAGCCUUUGGCUUCUUCACUGGAAAACUUUUGUUCGCCAUUAAGCACUUUUUCAAUCAGUGACCCAAAAAGAGAUAUCUCAAGUUCAGCUUCUAGAGAUGGAACACCAGCACUUAACAGCAAUAAUUCCCCAUUGUUUAUAAAUGGUCCUAGUAGUUUGUUUGGGUCCGAAAAUUACAUGGGAAUUGCAGGCCAAGCUAGAAAUGACUUUUCCAAUGUUUUUAGCAGUACAACUGCUAAUAUACCUGUAUCUCCGGCACUGGCGGGAAGAAACCCACUGGAAGGCACACAUGAGCUAAGACAGGCCUGCCAGUUAUGUUUUGUCAAAAAAGGUCCUAAGUUAUUGGAUUAUGCAUACCAUCCCAAUUUAGAACAUAAAUGUAAGAAGGAUAUUUUAAUUGGCAGAAUAAAAAACUCUGAAGAUAAAUCAUGGAAAAAAAUACGUCCAAGACCAACAAAGACACAGUAUGUGGGACCAUAUCAUAUAUGUAAAGAUGUGGCUGCUGAGGAGGAAUGCAGGUACCCAGGCCAUUGCACCUUUGCCUAUUGCCAAGAGGAGAUCGAUGUGUGGACCCUGGAGCGCAAGGGAGCCUUCAGUCGAGAAGCUCUUUUUGGAGGACCUGGAAAGAUCAACUUGACCGUGUCCCAACUUCUUCAAGAAUACCACGGAUUAUUUAUGUUUCUUUGUGAGAAAUGUUUUGAUCACAAGCCCAGAAUAAUAAGCAAAAGGAACAAGGAUAACUCAUCUUCUUGUUCUCAUCCUGCUAUGCAUGACUUUGAAGAUAACAAGUGCCUUGUCCACAUCUUGCGAGAGACUAUGGUGAAGUAUUCCAAGAUCCGCCCUUUCCAAGUUCGGUGUCAGCUUGACCUGUGCAGACAUGAGGUGCAUUAUGGCUGCUUACGAGAGGAUAAAUGCUUUUAUGCUCACAGUCUGGUAGAGCUUAAAGUCUGGAUUAUGCAAAAGGAAUCAGGUAUUUCACAUGAUACUAUAGUUCAAGAAUCAAAGAAGUACUGGCAGAACAUGGAAGCUAGUGCACAUGGAUCACAGAUUCUUGGGAACCAAAUGAAAUAUGGAUCACUUAAUUUGAAGAUGAAGUUUGUUUGUGGGCAGUGCUGGAGAAAUGGUCAAGUUAGUGAGCCAGACAGAAACAAAAAAUAUUGUAGUGCAAAGGCAAGACACCCAUGGAGCAAAGAUCGCCGUGUGGUGCUGGUAAUGUCUAAUGAACGUAAGAAGUGGAUGACCAUUCGUCCUCUGCCUGCAAAGAAACAAGUGCCUCUGCAGUUUGAUUUGUGCAAUCAUAUUGCUUCAGGCAAGAAAUGUCAGUAUGAUGGAAACUGCUCAUUUGCUCACAGUCCUGAGGAGAGAGAGAUGUGGACCUAUAUGAAGGAGAACAGCAUUCAAGACUUGGAGCAGUUGUAUGACAUAUGGCUAAAAACUCAGAAACCAGAAAAAGGAGAUGAUACAGCUGCUCAGGCAAACAAAGAAAAUGGGAAGCAAAUUCACAUGCCGACUGACUAUGCUGAAGUUACAGUGGAUUUUCAUUGUUGGAUGUGUGGGAAGAACUGUAAUAGUGAGAAGCAAUGGCAGGGUCACAUUUCUUCUGAAAAGCAUAAGGAGAAGGUUUUCCACACUGAGGAUGAUCAGAACUGCUGGCAGUAUCGCUUCCCAACUGGAUAUUUUAGCAUUUGUGAUAGAUAUAUGGCUGGUACUUGCACUGAAGGAAGCAACUGUAAAUUUGCCCAUGGAAAUGCUGAACUCCGUGAGUGGGAAGAACGAAGACAAGUUUUAAGAAUGAAGCUCAGCAAAGCAAGAAAAGACCACUUGAUUGCUCCCAGUGAUAAUGACUUUGGAAAAUAUAGUUUUUUGUUUAAAGAUUUAAACUAAUACUGAGAUGACACAUACAUGUUAUCAGCUGGAAGCAUAAACCAGAAAAUUUGACAAUAAUCAAAAGCAUGUGACAGAAAAGCUGCAGGUUUUCUGCUUUUAUUGGCAUACAUUGUUCCUCCUGAACAGCAAAGUAUGGUAGAUUUAGGGGGAUUGAGCAGACCUGUCUAUGCUCUCAUGAAACAGAGUGGUGAUUAAAAAAAUCUGAAGUAUUAUGUGCUUACUCACCUCCUGUUGGACAGAAAGUUAGGAAAUAGAAGGGGGGAAGAGUGGUUAUAAUAUCUAGGAAGCCCCCUAGUUUCAAACCUUCAGUUGAAAAACUUUAAGGUAUCAAGGUAUUGCAAAAGAGUGUUAGUGGGCUAAGAAAAUGAUGGAUGAAAAUUCUUCAGAUCUUUUAAUGGAGAGGAUUUGUUUAAAACAAAGUUUGCUACUUAUCUAUAUGUAGGUUGCUAAAAAGGAUUUUCUUAUUAAAGAUUUUAAACAAAAUAACCAUUUAACUACAAUAUAUGUUGAAUGGGUAUUUUUUCUCUAUUUGUAUGUUUCAAUAUAAUUUACUGAAAAAGGAUCUUGGGAGGAAAAAAGUAUUAAUUUUUGAAAAUGAAGUAGUUAAAAUUCUGUUUCUUGGUCUUUGCUGUUUAAAUAAUGAUUUUGAAAGAUUACACUUGUAUGUCAGUAUUGUGUAUUAUUGUAUGGACUAAUGUUGCCUGUAAUAAAGAGAACUUUACAUGAA